GCCCACAGCCUCUUCUUCGUGGCACCUCGCACAGCACUAACCGGUAUCUGCAACCGACCGUCAGGGCUCUAACUCAGGUCGACGAGAUCCUGUCGUACAGUAAGUACUUCGUAAGUUUAACCUCAACCGUCGUAGCAGCAACAGUUCCCCCAAAGGUUCCCCCUCCAAAAGAUCCAAAAGGGUGCCAAAAGCCACACAGCUCACGAUGCCCGCCGCCGCCUGGGAAAAGGCAGGCAGGCCAGUCAACGGCCAGUCCACAUGCGCUGCCUGCCAUGCUAUACAGUACCAGAUCUUCCCCCACUCUGCAUCGGUCUGGGGCAAAGCUGGGGCAUAUCGAGUUAGACUGCCCAUCCGUACCUUAAUAACGAUGCCCGUCGUCCACCCUCCGCACAACGAAUGACGAGCGAUCGAAACAAUUGUUGCGCCAAUCAUCAUGCGCGUUAAAUUUGACAAGUUAAAGGUAUUCCAGAAAACCGUAUCCUGAUCCUUUAGCGCCAUUCAAUUAAUGGCAUAAUAAGAAGCUUCUCG